CUUGCUCACAGGUUGAAAGAGCUGUUGGCACUCGCGUUUUCAACAACCAACCGCCGACGUCCCCAAGAUCGGACAUCUUGGAACACGAACGUGCUCACUCUCAUCCUCCCACAAUAGAGGCGUGCGGCUCUGCGUUACCGCACACGAUGCUGGCGCAGCUAAUCUUUGCCGCGCUUGCGCUUCUUGCGCCCUAUCUGUACAACAGGAUCCGAUUCAAGAGGCUGAAGCAGUAUGCCGAUUUCCCACAGCUGCCUCCCUCGGCGGUUCUCGGACAUCUUGGCACGGUCGACGAGUUCGUCAAGCGUGCCCCGAAAGGCGCUCAUCCAGAUGUCGCGUUUGCGGCCAUGCAUGAGGCCCUUGGUCGGCCGCCUAUCAUGUUUGUAGAUCUCAGGCCUGUGACCAAGCCAAUAGUCAUUGUAGCCAGCCACAUGGUUGCAGAGCAGAUUGCAAAGUCGUCAGAUCGGUUCCCCUACAGCCCGCCGAAGAAUGCCGAGGCAUGGAGCCAUAUGGAGCAUCUCACGGGACCCACGUCCAUCGUAUCUUCACAUGGUGAAGAGUGGAAGGCGCUGCGCAAGAGAUUCAACCCUGGUUUUGCUCCGCAGCAUCUUCUUAGCCUGUUGCCAGGCAUUCUACACAAGGCCUCCACAUUCGUCGACCGUCUCGAGGACCUCGCCAAGACCGGCGCCGAAUUCUCUCUGCAGAGACUGGCUACAGAUCUCACCUUCGACGUCAUUGGUGAUCUUGCGCUUGAUACCGACAUGAAAUCCCAAACCGCCCACCCGAUAAAGUUGACUCGGGAUUUACAGACGCUUAUUCGCACAUACACUGCUGAGCAGCUUGACCUACCGUGGUGGUGCACCCCGCGCCUGGAAUGGCAACGAAGGAAACUGGCUCUACAAGUCCGCCAGUCACUCAAGGCUAUCGUCCAAGAGAGCUUUAGCAAGAAGGAUGUGGGAACCAACAGGCCUCGUAGCAUACUCUCUAUGAGUCUUGAGGGUGUGGACACGCUGUCAUCGAAGAUGCUGGACACGACCUGCGACCAGCUUAGUACUUUUCUGUUUGCUGGUCAUGAUACCACGAGUACCACGAUAGCGUGGAUGCUGUACGAGGUCUCACGCACACCGCGGGCACUACAGGCAGUGCGUGCCGAGCUCGACGAAAUCUUUGGCCCAGACCCAAGCCCAGCAGCAGUAGCUUCUCGCCUCCUCGCGCCGGGUGGCGAGGAGCUCGUCAACCGCAUGAAGUACACGUCAGCCGUGAUCCGAGAGACGCUUAGGUUGUGGCCCCCCGGCGCCACAUCACGCACGACCAAGCCGGGUGAUGGACUCAGUGCUCUGGUGGCCGACUCCAAAGGCGAGGCUCGCGAGCUACAUAUGGACGCGUUGAACGUGUAUCACGUCCCUUUUAUCAUCCAGAGGGACCCAUCGGUCUUUGGUGAGACGGCCAACACGUUUGUCCCGGAGCGCUGGCUCCAGAAGGACUCUGACACCAUACCAGCGGCUGCAUUCAGGGCUUUCGAGAGGGGCCCGCGAAACUGCAUCGGCCAGGAGCUGGCGAACAUAGAGGUGCGUGUUGUUAUGGCUCUGGUGGCUCGGCACUUUGAUUUUUCCAAGGUGGGCCAAGGGGCGGCAGUUCUCGACGAGGAAAGUGGCAAGCCUGAGCUGAAUGCUCAUGGGCAGUAUAAGGUGGCGGAGGAGUUGUACAAUGCUCGGGAGGUGACCUCCAAACCGGUGGAUGGUAUGCGCAUGCGUAUCAAGGUCGCAGCUUAGUUACUGCAGGCACGAAGACAGCAUCGUGUAUGCCAUGUACUAAGAAUGCAUUUCUU